AAAUGAAAUCCAUUUAAAAUGCAUUUCAACACACAAACUCGCUGUGAAAAUUUCGUACAGGCAGAAAAGAGCCGAUUUUUAGUGGAAGAAGAAGCACCACCAUCAGCAGCAGCCGAACGGGCAGCAAAAGCAAUCGUCGAAUACACGGACAAAGCGCAAGGCGAAUGAAACUCGUGUGAAGAGAAAACUUGCAAAAAUUACAGCAACAACAACAGCAGCAGGCGAAAAAGUGUGUUUAGAAAAGAAAUUAAAAACACUCACAUAUACAUACCCACAUAAAAACACACGAAUACAAGUACACCCCGAAGAGAAUUGGUGCAAAAAGCAACAAAAAUAAAAACGAAGUAAAAUAGCGCGCGGUUUAAUAAUAAAUAAUUAUAUGUAUGCGCGCAAAACAAAUGAAGAGCCGGGGAGCCGCAAAGACAAAUACGAAUACGAAAAAUCAAUGAGAUUGUAAUAAAAUUCCGUAUUUUUGCUCCUCCUCCCUCUCUCUCUCUCUUUCUCUCUCACUCGACUCACUCUCUCGCUGUCGUUGUCGUUCUCGCUCUCUUGUCCGCACGAGCAGAGCACUGCCACAGCAGCCUCUCAAAUUGUGUGUCUGUUUGUGUUUCUUGUUGAUUUUGUGAUAAAAUUGCAAUCAACAACAUACACGGUACAACAAAAUAAGUGUAUUUAAACAAAAGUAUUAAAAGAAAAGAGUAACGAAAGUGGUUGUGCAAGAAGAAGCAGCAACAAUCAGGCAAAAAAAUACCUGAAAAAAAAUAAACGGUAAAACGAAGAAGUGGCGACACACAGCGGAGAGCGCGCUAAAAGUUUAUUGUAAAAAAAUCGCAAAAAGUUAAAAAGCACAAAGUGUGUUUUAUUUUUCAUUUGCAAAGAAAUACAAUAACAACAAUUAUAUUAAAAAUGGUGGAAGUAAUAGAGCGGCAGAGAACGGCUGCGUGAGCUCAAAGCGCGGCCAAUUAAAAAACAACAACAACAGCAGCCGCAGCGAGCACCAGCAGAGCAGCCACUGAAGCCAAAAGCAGAGGCAGAAGAAGAGAAGCUGCAGAAGCAGAGCAACAGCAAGAGCAGAGCCUCGAAAAAGUACAUAAAAAUAUAUAAAUUUAAAUAAAGUGGAAGUUGGUAGAAGCCAACCACCAGCGAAAGAGCGAAAGCAAACGAAGAAGCAAGCGAAAGGAAAAGCAAAGAAAACCACCUUACCAGCGAGCAGCGACCAGCAAGCAGCAAGCAGAAACAUCACAUAAACAUAAACCAACAAAACCGAAGAGACCAACAAAAUGUACGGCAAAUCAAAGACAUCCGCGGUCCCCUCAGAUGCCCAGGCACGGGAGAAGCUGGCCCUCUACGUCUACGAAUAUCUACUGCACGUGGGCGCGCAAAAGGCGGCGCAAACAUUCCUCUCCGAGAUCCGAUGGGAGAAGAACAUAACGCUCGGCGAGCCGCCAGGAUUUCUGCACACCUGGUGGUGCGUCUUCUGGGAUCUGUACUGUGCGGCGCCCGAGCGUCGGGAUCAGUGCGAUCACAGUUCGGAGGCCAAGGCCUUCCAUGAUUACGGAUUCGUCAGCUCCGGCUAUGGCGUGAAUGGCAUUGGACCCGGCGGACCACACAAUGCCGGCGGUCCGGCGCCGAGCCCUCUGGGACAGAUGCCUCCCGGCGGCGAUGGCGGUCCCAUGGGACCCGGCGGACCUAUGGGUCCAAAUUUUUUCCCAAAUUCAACAAUGCGGCCGUCGCCGCCAACGCAUGCAUCCAGUCCGCAGCCGCCGCCGUCACAGAUGAUGCCCGGCCAGCCGCCCUUUAUGGGCGGACCCCGAUACCCUGGUGGUCCGCGACCAGGCGUGCGCAUGCAGGGAAUGGGUAACGAGUUCAACGGCCCGCCCGGACAGCCAAUGAUGCCGAAUAGUAUGGAUCCGACAAGACCUGGCGGCGGCAUGGGUCCCAUGAAUCCACGCAUGAAUCCGCCACGUGGUCCCGGUGGCAUGGGACCUAUGGGCUAUGGCGGGCCCGGCGGAAUGCGUGGCCCAGCACCCGGACCCGGCGGAAUGCCGCCCAUGGGCAUGGGCGGAGCGGGCGGAAGACCGCCGCAAUGGCAGCCCAAUGCGUCGGCGCCUCUGAAUGCGUAUUCAUCAUCAUCACCAGGAAAUUACGGACCCGGCCCCGGCUCGAACGGUCCACCCGGACCAGGAACGCCCAUAAUGCCCUCGCCGCAGGAUAACACGCAAGGUGGUCCUGUCGGCGGACCCGGCGACAGUAUGUAUGCACUUAUGAAGCCAGAAUUCCCCAUGGGCGGCGGCCCAGAUGGCGGGGGCGGCGGAGGAGGUCCCGGCGGCAUGGGUCCAAUGGGUGGUGGCCCCAACUCGAUGGGUCCUGUACUUAAUGGCGGCGGUGGCCCCGACGGCACCGGUCUGGAUGGCAUGAAGAACUCACCAGCCAACGGGGGACCGGGAACGCCACGUGAGGACUCUGGCAGCGGCAUGGGUGACUAUAAUCUCGGCGGGUUUGGCGGCCCCGGCGAGAACGAUCAAACCGAAUCGGCGGCCAUACUGAAGAUCAAGGAGAGCAUGCACGAGGAGGCCAAGCGGUUCGAGAAAGACUCAGAUCAACCGGACUACUUCAUGCCAUAACAACAUCAUCCACAUCAUCAUCACCAGCAGCAGCAGCAACUUCAUCAGCAGCAGCAGCAACAACAGCAUCUCAAUACGGUGGCAGCCGCUGUGGCAGCUGUUGUGGCAGCAGCUGCAUCCAAUGGCACGGCGGGCAGCCCCUCGGCGGCAUCCAUAGCAGCGGCAGCCCUUGGGGCGGCAGCCUCCAAUCUGCUCAGUAGUGGCAACAACAAUUUCUAAAAACAAAAACAAAACAAAAAACCAAGCAUAAAACAAAAGCGGUAGUAAAAAUCCUUGAUACAUAAGCAUAAAGUAAUUAAAAUUAAUACAUGUAUGAGAAAUAGAGAAACCCUUAAAUAUAAUAGACUAAAAGGCAAACAACAAUUUGUAAAAUGUAAAACUGUAUAACGAUAAAAGGAUCAAACGGACAAAUCUGUUCCCAGUUCCGGUUCCGGUGACUGUACCGCACCCCCACUGCACUGUAAUUUCCACUUGUAUUACUCGCUGUUGAUUUUAGAUAAGUUCGUUUUGUUGUUGUAUUCUAUUUUUAAUAUUAUUUGUCAUAAAUUCAACUUGAAAAUGUCCCAGAAAUGCAGGACAGGAAACAGUGCAGUGAGGUUAGGGCAGAAUGAAUGAUGAGCAGAUUGACGUCUGGCAACGCUGUCAGAGCAGCAGAGCAGGGAAGCAAGCCCCCUCCCCACCCAGAAAGGGAACGAACAGGCACAGAGAAACCCAGCCGGGAGUAAUCAUAAAAAGAGAGAAACAAAAGCAAAAAUACUUAAAGUAAUGUUAAAAUAUGCAACAAGUCUAGCAAGUCUUCUGUUUAGUUCACACUCUACUCUCUACCCCUCGAAACAGCCGCUCAAAGCUGUCUCUCAAGCAUCCCUAUCCUAUCGCCCACUAUUUAUACCAAUUUACUUGCUUACUAAACGAAAAACCCAUAAUCGCAAAUGAAUUUUUUGUUAAGCAAGGCGCAACAAAAGAUCGCUUAUGGCAUAAAAUGAUUGAAUGAAUGAAUGGAAUAUUUAUAACGAUAUGCAUAAUACACAUAGUUGAGUAUAUAGCUAGCAUUAUUGGACAUGUAUUUGUAUAGAUUGUAACACACGUUCUUAAAAAUGCUCUCCCCCGAUUGAUUUUUGCACAAUGGGCACAGUGUCUAGCAGAUCGGUUCUUCGCUCGUUCGGCCCCGUUCCGUUCUUGUCCCACAUAAUAUUCUCAUCUUUAAUUCUCAUUGUACAAAUUGUAAACUUGGCACUUUGCUGCCGCUAUUUAUUUUAUGCUUUCAUUCUUCAUUCUGUAUCUUGUCUGUCGAUCUGCUGGUUCGUUUGUUUGCUUAAGGUUUUGUUGUAUUGUUUUUUCUUUGCGUUUGCUCUUUCUCUCAUGUGUAUGGGUAUUUAUAAUUUAACCAAACAACUAAAACGAAAACUGUUAUUUAAGUUCCUUUUAACAGCGAGCAAUACCAUAUUUAUAUAUAUAUGCGAUAUGAUAUAAUAUGAUAUGUAUGACUUCCCCCCUCAGUUUUUGGAGAUCGGCAACAGUUUGCACUUGUUUCGAUUUCCUCACGGCAUUGUGUGCAUUAGGACACCAUAAGAAACUUAUAUAGAAAUCUAUAUAUACACCCGUAUAUAUAUAUAUAUAUACAUAUAGACCAGAAACCGAUACAGAUUGUAGCCUAUUGUAUGCACUAAUUUAUUGCAGAAUAGCUACGCGAAUAACUAUAAGAUUUAGCUGUUUAAUAUGCAUAUGCAAAUAUAUAUAUUAUAUAUAUUUCUUAAAGGCAGCAAAGGCAACCACAAAUGUAGAAACCUAAAAAACCUAACCCCAAUGCAACGUUUAAUUCAAAAAUAUCACAUUCAAUUAAAAAACAAAAUGAAUGCUGUACAAAACAAA